AUCCGCGUAUUCUAUUGAACGAUUGAGAGAAAAGUCUGAGCGACGUAUCAGAUCCGGAGGCACCGUAGUAUACAUCCGCACCCAUGUUCAACAUGGCGGCCCAGAUUCUGAUUGAGAGAAUGGAGUUUCUCGCGUCAGAAUAUCCACUCAUGUGUUGGCAGUACGGUGCAGCGACCUUACCACCGCCACUCACGUCGGCGGUGCCGCAUUGCAGCCCUCUUGGACCACUCUAACGACAUUAAUUCGACGGGCGAGCGCGUGCAGAACGAGUGUCUUGAGCCCCACACGCUUACAAGCUCGACCUACCCGCUACUAUGAGGAUACAACCAGUCUUUUAUACGAACCUGCUAAGGCCUGCUACGGACGAUCCCCUGCCAGGACAGAAACAUCCUCCGCCACCGCCCGUAGAGGUUGAUGGAGGUGAGGAGUUCGAAGUUAAAGAGGUGAUAGACUCCCGUUCGGAGCGAAGGGGUAGAGGACGCCUGUCAAGCACAGCGCAAAGUGAGACCAGUGUGAGCCUGGGCGGCUGGGAAGAUCCGGCUGAGCUUCGGGCCAGCGGCAGUUGCUCCACUAGGUCUAGGGCAUGUGGCGGCGUGUGGCCACUAUAUGACUAAGCGAGACCGAUAGAUAUUCUUAGGUGCUGGCCGAAUUGGCCUGAGAGCUCCUCAGAG